AUGAAUUGGACUGAAACUAGAAAUAGUAAUGUAAAUAUAAAGAAUGUUAAACUUGGUGCUAAUGUAACUAUACUAGAUAAUGUUAACAUAGAAGCUAGCAAAGUUGAUUCUGUUCAGAUUGGUAAAUAUUCAAUUAUAAAAGAGAAUUCAACUAUACGGUUACCAUCGAAUGGUGUUUCAAAUAUUGGUGCUUACGUAAUUAUAGGAAAUAAUUGUGAUAUUCGAUCUCUUAAUAUUGGUAAUAGAGUCAUGAUUGAAGACGGCUGUGUAUUAAAUGAUGGUUGUGUAAUUUAUGAAUGUUGUUUAAUUAAAUCAAAUUGUAUUAUUCCGUCAAAGAUGAUUAUUCCUGCCUAUUGUGAAGUUGGUGGAGUUCCAGGUAAAGAUUUCUAUAUUAAACCAUUGAAUAGUAGUUUUAAGAAAGUUAUUGAAUAUGAAGCUAAAUAUUUAAAUAUACAUUAUUAA